AUGAUACCAACUCACAUACUGUCAAGAAUAUGUCGACGACAUAUUUUGCUCAGAAGAUUCAACCACGCCAAAACCACAGCCACGGGGGCCGAAAAACAAGAAAGGGAUUUCAAAACUCUCUUCGAAAAACAUAAAGACAAAAUCACGUUCAACUCUUAUUUGGAACAAGACAAAUUAGAAUUGGGAUCAUUUAAAUAUUUUAUAAGGAAUGUUAAGAAGGCGAAAGAAAAACAAGAACUUGAAUAUCGACAAAAGAGUCGACCGCCGCUGCCUGUGGCUUUAAAGUAUUUUGUCAAAGAAGAACAAUUGUUGAAAGAAGAUGAAAAUGUUAUCGUAGAAGAACCAGAAAAAGCUUUUCAGUUGCCCUUUUCAAACACUGCCAAAAUCGGUAAAGCUAUUGCAAAAGAAUCUAACGAAAUUGAUGAGUCUAAAGAAAAAACAGACGUAGAUAAAUGGAUGACGAAUUAUGAAUACUUUGACGAUAGUCAACUGGAAGAAGAUACUAUAGAUAGUCAGUGGAGCCAUAACUAUGGAACACCAGAUCCGACCGCGAGGGUUAGUCUGACACAGUGCGGAGGCUGCGGAGCUCUACUGCACUGCAGUGACCCAGCUAUACCCGGAUACUUACCAAGUGAAAUCUUCAAGCAAAGAAACGACACUGAGCUCAAGACUUUGGAAUGCCAGCGGUGCCAUUUUCUAAAAGAAUACAACAUAGCAUUAGACAUUACAGUGCAACCAGAAGAGUACGAAAAACUAUUGGAAUCUAUCAGGCAUAGAAAAUCAUUAGUAGUGCUUAUGGUAGACCUGCUCGAUUUUCCAUGCUCAAUAUGGCCUGGUAUUGUCGAUAUCAUAGGAACCGAUCGACCUAUUAUUAUAGUGGGGAACAAAGUUGAUUUAAUACCAGCUGACAGUGUAGGAUAUCUGCAAAGGAUCAAGGACUCUUUAAUGCAAGAAAUAGGCAAGACUAAACUAGGCGAGGCUAAUAUUAAGUAUGUGUCUCUUAUAUCAGCUAAAACAGGUUACGGUGUUGAAGAUUUAAUAUCGGCCAUGUUCAAAGUUUGGCUUUAUAAAGGCGACGUCUUUUUGGUUGGAUGCACUAAUGUUGGGAAAAGUUCACUUUUCAAUGCUUUACUACAGUCAGACUACUGUAAAGUUCAUGCAGUAGACAUAAUCAAAAGAGCUACUGUUAGCAGAUGGCCCGGGACAACUUUGAAUCUGCUAAAAUUCCCUAUUAACAGACCGUCUGGAUGGAAGAUGUUUGAGCGAGCGAACCGGUUAAGAUCGCAGUCCAAACUCAUGAAGAUAGAAAAGGAGAUAAGAAAAGCACAGUUGGAGGGGCAGACGAUCCGCGAGAUGCCAUCUUUGAUCGGCCAUAUUGGUAGAACGUUUUCAGAUCCAAUGGAUUAUGAAGACGGCAUAGAGGACAAUAUAGCUGAUAAGAAGCGAAGGAUGAUGGUUUUAGACGAGAAAGACAAGUUAUUUGCCAACAGCAAAUGGUUUUAUGAUACACCUGGAGUAGUGCAUCCAGACCAAGCGCUGUCUCUCCUAACUACAGAAGAGUUAUUAGCUACCAUACCUAAGAGAUUGAUACGGCCGCAGACUUAUUAUUUGCACAAGGGCUCAACAAUCUUCGUGGCCGGACUUGCGAGGUUGGACCUGACAGAUUGCGAGAAUCCGUGUCGCUUGACAAUCUUCUGUUCUGAUCAAUUGCCUAUCACUGUGACGAAAACUGAAGACGCUGACGAGGUGUAUAAUACGUUUUUGGGUACGGAAUUGCUUGCGGUACCAUCAGGCGGGACAGAGAGAUUAAAAAACUGGCCCAACAUGGAGAAAAAAGUAUUGGAGUUUACGGGAGAAGGCCCUAAGAUCUGCUGUGGUGACAUAGUACUAUCAUCCAUAGCCUGGGUCUCUGUGAAUGCUAAAAAGGGUGAUAUUUGCGUGGCAACAGCAUGGACGCCUGAAGGCAAAGGUAUAUUUAGGCGAUAUCCUUCAUUACUGCCAUAUUCAAUAAACCUGAAGGGUAAAAGAUUGAGAGAUACGCCGGCGUAUAUGAUAGGAAAAAUAUUUUCUGAUAAAGAUAAUGUACAAAGUUAAAAACGGACUA